UCUGAGUACAAACAGUCCUGCAGCUCUCAAGGUGGGCAGGCAGCAGAUCAUUCCUAAGAGUUUGGCCUCGGAAAUAAAAGUGACCAACAAAUUCAGUUAUCCAAACCUGGAGCCAGACAAGAGAGUUGUGAAGGUUCGCAGCAUGGUGGAGGACCUUAACGUGCCUUUGGUAGCCGCUGGCGAUGAAGAAACGGAAGGUGACUUGGAUAGUCUAGGAACCCUGAGACGAGGGUUGAGAUCUACUUCCUACCGCAGGGCAGUAGUGAGCGGCGUUGACUUUGACAGUUCUACAAAUUUUAAGAAAAAAAACAGAAUGUCCCAGCCUCUACUCAGAGCAGUGGUGGAAGAUAAGGAGAAGUUUUCAAGCUUAGGAAGAAUAAAGAAGAAAAUGCUGAAAGGACAAGGGACUUUUGAUGGGGAAGAAAAUGCUGUGCUGUAUCAGAACUACAAAGAAAAAGCUUUGGACAUAGAUUCAGAUGAAGAUUCUGAGCCUAAAGAACAGAAAACAGAUGAAAAGAUUGUUGUUCAGUAUAAACCUCUGAGAUCAACGUGGAGUCAGCUGUCUGUAGUUAAAAGGAAUGGAUUGUCUCAAACAAUCAGCCAGGAAGAAAGGAAGAGGCAAGAGGCUAUAUUUGAAGUAAUAUCUUCUGAACAUUCAUACUUGCUGAGUUUGGAGAUUCUGAUCCGGAUGUUUAAAAAUUCCAAAGAACUGAGUUUCACAAUGACUAAAACAGAAAGCCAUCACCUUUUCUCCAAUAUUUCUGAUGUCUGUGAAGCAAGCAAAAAGUUCUUUAAAGAACUUGAAAUGAGGCAUCAGAACAACAUCUUCAUAGAUGACAUCAGUGACAUUGUUGAAAAGCAUACAACAUCAACCUUUGACCCAUAUGUGAAAUAUUGCACUAAUGAGGUCUACCAGCAGCGAACACUCCAGAAACUAUUAGCUACAAAUCCAACAUUCAAAGAAGUGCUGUCACGGAUCGAAUCCCAUGAAGACUGCAGGAAUUUACCGAUGAUCUCUUUCCUCAUUCUCCCAAUGCAGCGGGUUACACGCCUUCCAUUACUGAUGGAUACUAUUUGUCAGAAAACCCCCAAAGACUCACCAAAAUAUGAGGACUGCAAACGAGCUUUGAAAGAAGUAAGCAAGUUGGUCCGUUUAUGUAAUGAAGGUGCUCGGAAAAUGGAGAGGACAGAAAUGAUGUACACAAUUAACUCACAGCUGGAAUUUAAAAUCAAGCCAUUUCCAUUGGUCUCCUCUUCCCGAUGGUUAGUGAAAAGGGGUGAGCUAACAGCAUAUGUAGAAGAUACUGGACUUUUUUCUAAAAGAACCUCCAAGCAGCAGGUGUACUUCUUCCUCUUUAAUGAUGUCCUCAUCAUCACAAAGAAGAAGAGUGAAGAGAGCUACAGUGUUACGGCCUAUUCCUUAAGGGACCAGCUGUUGGUUGAACAGUGUGACAACGAAGAAUUGAAUUCCUCUCCUGUAAAAAACAGUUCAACUAUGUUGUAUUCACGGCAGAACUCUGCAAGUCACCUCUUCAGAUUAACUAUCCUUAGUAAUCAUGCAGGAGAAAAGAUGGAGAUGCUACUCGGGACUGAGAGUCAGAGUGAAAGAGCUCGCUGGAUUACUACACUUGGACAGAACAGCGACAGACAGAGCACAGACAGGACAACAUUGACUCAGGUGGAGAUCAUCAGAACUUACACUGCAAAGCAGUCAGAUGAACUGUCCCUUCAGGUUGCUGAUGUGGUUCUAGUUUAUCAAAAAGUGAAUGAUGGCUGGUAUGAAGGUGAACGACUGCGAGAUGGUGAGCGAGGUUGGUUUCCAAUGGAAUGUGCCAAGGAGAUCACUUGUCAAGCCACAAUUGACAAGAACAUGGAGCGGAUGGGGCGUUUGCUUGGACUUGAAACAAAUGUAUAGAGUCUCAGAGAUCUGUUUUUUACACUGCCAUUUCUUAACUGCAGGAUUUGCACUAUAUGCUGUCAGUGAUGGCUUGCUUUUGUGCUGGUUGCUAUACUACAGUGGGCAUAUGGAAGAUGUGGUUGUAGACUUACAACAUCAGUGAGGAAAAGGCAUGCAGAAACAAGUCAGCAGUUCCUUGCAUGCAUCCCAAAUCAGUUGUGAAAAUCCCUGAAAAUAAAUUAACUUUUGAAGACACAGUAACAAAAUAGAUAUGAUUCUUUAUAUAGUUGUUUCCUCCUACUUUUAUGGUAUAAGGGAGCUCCUAAAUGAAUCCUGCCCUGACUCAACAUCUAAAUUGAUACUAAUCAGGACUGACAUCCUAGGCUCUAGAGACUAGUUUUGACUUCACUUUCUACUUAACCAUUUUUACACACUCUUCCCUGACUUUCUCUAGCCACACACAUACACUCUCCAGGCUCUCUCUCUCUUAUUCAUUGCAAUUAUUAAAAACAAUUUUCACCUUAGCUUUCUCUGCCUAGCUCUAACACCAGCCCCUCCCAACAGACUAAACCACCAGCAAGCAGUGGUGACAGCUCAGUAUUUAGGCUUGUCAUGCCUCAUUGAAAAGCUGCAAUGCAGCAAUCCUGGCCUCAGAAGGUGCUGUUUGGAGGAUCAUAUAGCAGCUUUCAAGUCCCUAAUCUAACCAUAAUAAGAUUGAUGAGUAUAUGCUGUAUAAGGACUUGGGUUUUGCUAAUGUCUUUGCCCCUUUUUUUUGGUGAGUCCAUUCACUCUCUCUGCAUAUGCGUGUGUGAAGAGUUUCCAUUACAUUAGAUUAUUUUUUGUGUUAAUCCUUUGAAACUACAGUCCUUUGAGCACUUUGAGCUUUGAACUCUUUCCUGCAAUGGCUGGUUAAUUCACACAAAGCAUGCCUUUAUUUUAAAAAAAGAAAAUGUUCUUUAAUUUUUAAAGCAAUAAUUAAGUCACCUCUCUUCAAGAUAGCAAAACUGAUACAUUUUCCAGGAACUUUAGGGGGAAAAUCCAGACUGGUUCUGGGGGUGGUUCUUUUUUCCUGGUGCUAGUAGAAUGUUAUCUAGUCAGGCAGUUCCCAUUUUGUGUCCUCCUAGUGUUACGGCAGUGUUAGGAAGGAUUUUUCAAAAGUGGGGAUACCUGGGCACGGGAAAGCAGUGUCCAGCAGCGACAUGGAAUUUAUAGAUGGUGGCAGUAGCUGCAUGCAAGCGCCCCAUGCUGCUGGCUUCGCGUCUGGCCAUCCGUCAGCAGCCCCUACCCCGCCACUCCCCGGCUGGCUGUCAGCACUCCCCCCACACUUCCCCUCCACAUCUGGCAGGGGUACCCCCCAGAAGGGGUACCCUGUUUUACAAAGGUUGAAAACCCCUGUGUCGCUAAUGCUGAGAUGCCUGUGUUAGGCAGAGGGGAGGUGGAAUAAUUGCCUACAAGUUUCUGCUGCGCUUCAGCCAGGGAGCAGAGGGGAGGGGCCAGCUCUGCUGUGGAGUAGAGAGCCUGCCCAGCCCAGAGAGCAUACCAGGAUGCUGGAGGUGUCUGGUUUGUCUUAAACCAGCAAGGGGUCUG